CGGGGCUUUCGAGCACGAGGAUCAUGGCGGCUCCCGGGUGGUCUGAGCGGGUCCGGGAAUUGCUGCGGAGGAUGGAUUCUUUCCACGGAGCCGGUUCUCCAAAGGCUCUGUGCCUGCCUUUCAUGGUGGCCGGGCAGCAUGUGGGCCACGUGCCACAGUCCGUGGCCCAGCGUCUCCGUCAGUAUCCAUCUGUUUUCUCAGUGUCUCAAGGCGACGAGGCCCCUGCUUGCUUGGAGCUGAACAAGCACCUGGCCUCCUUUGAGGAGAGAACAGCCGCUGUGCAAGGGGUUCUCAAGGAUCUGAGGGAACAACAAGCGUUUCCCUGCCUGAAGGAGUGGAGAGAAGAGCUCUACAAUGUGAUGCCUUACUUUUGUGACUCGCCUCUUUUUGGCAUGGAGCGUGCUGCUGCCCCACUGUUGGGAGUGAAGUGCUACGGCGCCCACCUGAACGGCUACACUUGGCGAAACGGAGAGCUGCUUAUGUGGCUGGGCCGUCGCGCCCAGAACAAGCCCACUUACCCUGGCCUGUUGGACAACCUUGUCGCUGGCGGGGUCGCAUCAGGGCUGGGGGUCAGAGACACACUGGUGAAGGAAUGCCAGGAAGAAGCUUGCAUACCUGCCUCCCUCGCCGCCCAAGCUAAGCCUGUGGGGACCAUCGCUUACACCUACGUGGGUGAUCAAGGGGAGAUCUAUCCUGAAUGCCAAUUUGUAUUUGACCUUGAGCUGCCCGAAGACUUUGUGCCUCAGGUGGGGGAUGGAGAGGUACAGGAGUUCUAUCUCUGGCCACUUCACAAGGUGAAAGAGGCCAUUGGCUCGCCAGACUUCAAGCCCAACUGUGCCAUGGUGGCUCUCGAUUUCCUGAUCAGGCACGGUUACAUCCACCCUGAUGAAGAACCUCAUUAUGUAGAGAUGGUGGAAGGGCUGCACCGGACACUCUAGAACUCCAUAGUGGCCUGCCUGUCAGGUGGACAACGAACUCUUCCAUGCCGACCCAAGCAUGACUGAAUGCCAUGGUGAAGCUGCUGCCGCCACAGAGAGAUCCCCGAAAGCCAGGGCUUACGACAGGCUCCAGUGUGAUUCAACAAACGUGUUUCCUGCUUCUUGCCAGGACCAGUUGCACAAGAAAUUACACUGCCGCACCACACGGGUGCAUUUCCGAACUCUGUGUGCGAGCAGCGUGCCUAAGAGUGAAAUGCCAAAUUCUUCGCUUUGUCUCAAAAAUGGACGUCACACCUAACUCUAGUGUCCAUUUCAACAUUUAAUUAAAAAAAGAAACUCCACCAAAA